AUGGUCGAUCAAAAGACAUUGGCUGUGCAUUCCGUGGUGUUAGAAGACCCACCAUUAGAUUUUGACGCACUCCCACCCGUGUCUUCGCAGCUAGUCGUAUUUGACUUUGACUGGUCUCUCGCGGACCAGGACACGGAUCGAUGGAUUCACGAGCUCUUGUCACCCCGACUGCGCAUCGAAUUUGUCCAAAAGAUUUCGACCAUGCAAUUCACUGACAUGUGCGCCUACCUAUUGGAAGAGCUGCACAAAGAGGGACACACGCCUGAGGCCAUUCAAGAAGCUCUACGGGCCAUGCCUAUGCACCCCGCCAUGAUCCGCGGCGUGCGCUCGCUGCAGUCCCAUCACCAUGGCACCGACUUUCUCCUUCUUUCCAACUCGAAUGAAGUAUAUAUUCAUACGAUUCUGCCAAGCAAGGGCCUCGCCGAGCCACCUCUCUUUACAGAAAUUGUCACGAAUCCUGCGCACUGGGAGCCCAAUGGACUGCUGCGUCUGCGGCGACGCAUCUCGCCAGACGGGCCACAGCAUGCGUGCAAGGUAGGAUGCAGUGCGAACAUGUGCAAGGGUGAUGAGCUUGACGCAUUUAAGCAGCGCCAUGCCGACCGCAAGUACGAGCGCAUUGUCUAUGUCGGCGACGGUGGAAACGACUUCUGCCCCGUCAAGCGUCUCGGCCCGAACGACGUAGCAUUCGUCCGUCGGAACCGUGGCCUGGCCCGGCGGAUCCUCCAGGAGGGCGGCGUGCAGUGCAUGGUUCGCUAUUGGACAGGCGCAUGGGAAGCUGAGCAACUCCUCAACCUCCUGUGUCCCCCACGCCCCUGA